AUGACCACGCGUAAUGGAAAAGUUCCAGACACCCCUGUGGAGGUUCUUGUGGAUCUUCUAUCUAAAGCUGUAGGUAUAGCUACAGCAAACAAUGGUGUCCCCACAGAGCUUAUGGAUCACUUACAGCGGGCUCUGGACAUCGCUAGUGGCCUGGAUGACUACCUGGAGAAUAUUACUACACCAGAAAGUGAACCCCUGACUGAGCUGUAUAGAAAAACAGUUACUCAUGACUGGGACCAAGUGUACAAGGAUGGUAAAACAAUGUUUCGGCUUCCUAAGGAGUGCAUCACUGGACAUGUGGAAGGUCAAACUCUGAAAACGCUGGUGCAUAUGUGUCAGGCCAAGCGAAUCCUGGAAAUUGGAAUGUUCACAGGCUACGGGGCCCUAUCCAUGGCUGAAGCACUUCCUGAUGAUGGCCGUCUUGUUGCUUUAGAGUUGGAGCCAUAUCUUAAGGAAUUUGCCCAACCCGUUUUUGACAAAUCUACUCAUGGAAAAAAAAUACACGUUAAAAUUGGAUCUGCCAUGGAAAGCCUCAAGGAGCUGACAGAAGCGGGAGAACAGUUUGACAUGGUCUUUAUUGACGCAGAUAAAUCUAAUUACAUCAACUACUACAAGUUUAUUCUGGACAAUAACCUGCUGAGAUUACGGGGAGUCAUAUGUGUGGACAACUCACUCUUUAAAGCCAAAGUUUAUUUGAAAAAUGUCACUGAUGAGAAUGCACUGGCACUGAGGGAUUUCAAUGCGUUUGUGGUCAAUGAUCCCCGUGUGGAACAGGUGUUACUACCGUUGCGAGAUGGGAUUACAGUGGUUCGACGAGUUUCUGCAGCAGCUGAAUGCUCGAGGACUAAGGCUAUCAUCACCGAGGAUGAGGUGUUCCGUGGAGUCAGAGGGUGCACUAUUUUGGAGCGUAUGCGUCUGGAUGGCAGGGUGGCCUACGUGACCGGAGCAGGACAGGGCAUUGGUCGAGCCUUUGCCCACGCUUUGGGGGAGGCGGGGGCGAAUGUGGCUGUGGUAGAUGUGGACCCAAUUAAAGCUGAGACCGUUGUUAAAGAACUGACUCUGAAAGGGAUCAACGGCCUGGCCAUCACCGCAGACAUCAGUAAGUCUGAGGACGUGCAGAGGAUGAUUGACAGCAUCAUGUCCAAAUGGGGGUCCGUGCACAUCGCCUGCAACAACGCUGGUAUCAACAUGAACUCUGCGAGCGAAGACACCACUUUAGAGGAAUGGGACCAAACCUUCAGUGUGAACCUCCGAGGGACUUUCAUGUGCUGUCAGGCGGCCGCGCGGGUCAUGCUGAAGCAAGGGUACGGCAAAAUCAUCAACACUGCCUCCAUGGCCAGUCUUAUCGUACCUCAUCCACAGAAGCAGCUCUCAUACAACACAUCCAAAGCUGGAGUGGUGAAACUCACCCAAACCCUGGGCACCGAGUGGAUCGACCGAGGAGUGUGCGUGAACUGUAUCUCACCGGGCAUCGUGGACACCCCUCUCAUCCACUCCGAGAGCCUGCAGCCCCUGGUGCAGCGCUGGCUGUCAGAUAUCCCUGCUGGUAGACUGGCUCAAGUGACAGACCUGCAAGCAGCGGUGGUCUACUUGGCAUGUGACGCCUCCGACUACAUGACAGGGCAUAACUUAGUCAUAGAGGGUGGGCAAAGUCUGUGGUAG